AAGUGGUAGCCUGCCCCUAGAAGUAAAAAGGUGCGUAUUCAAGGAAAAUACUGAUCAUUUCUUGUUAAUAAUAGAUCAACAUCCAGACAUCACUUGCCUCCUCUUUAGCCAUGCUGUGUGAAAGCAGACUGUGGAGUGUGAUCUACAGCGAGGAUGAAGAGAGUCGUCAGGAGGAUGUCCCGAGUGCAGCUGCUCACGGCUCAGCAGACGCCUUCAGACAUGGACAGACUUUCCUCGUUGAACAUGGCUCCAGCUCUGGCCGUCUGAAAAGCCCAGGAGCUUCGGGACCCCAGCACAUCUCUUCUCUGCAAUCAUUGGAUUUGGAGCGAGCCUGGCCGGACAGACAGAUCUCCCCUGAAAUGGACAUCCCAGCGCAGGGACAAUCCGCCAGCGACGCCCCGUUCCUCGUUCCCUCCUUCUGUCAAAGCAUUUGCCAAAACUACAGUGACCUCCACAUCGCCGGUGACCAGGUCCUCCCUCUUUCAGCUAACGUGGGAGAAUUCUGCCCCAAUAAACUCCAAACUACUGGGCCUUUGCUACAUUCAUAUAACGUCUUACCCCCUCUGGAGCAAUCCCCUCAAGGUGGGCACUUCUUUCCGGUCAAACGGGGGUCUCAUCAGUGGAGACAGGGCAGCGGACGUGAUCGGAGUUUCUUCUUGCAAGAGCGUGAAGGUCCUUUCUCCAACUCCCUCCUGAACCACUACCUGGAACAGAAACUUCAAGAUCUUUACCAGCAGUACAUGAUUGAGAACAUGGCUAAGGAGGCCACACACGCAGGCCCGAUGUGUUCCUUGUUGGGCUCGGAGCUGGUGAUGACGAGCCUGGAUCAGAUCACGCUCCAGCUGAGUAAAGAGGGGAACAUGGAGGCGGGGGUGGCCAAAGACAUGGUUUUAAGCUGCUUGCUUCGAGUCGCGGGGGACCUGCAGUCUAGUGAGCUCAGCACGCCUUUUCUCCAGAUCUCCAGUGAAGGAACAUCCUCAACGGAGAAGGAAACAGACGACAAACUGUAG